AUGGACAACCCUGCAAAUCCAAAUAUACACACCAUCGUAAAAGCACAGAUCGUGUUUCUGCUGUCAACUCUGACGGAGGAAAACUUUGAGAGGAAUCAGAUAGAGAUACGUUCUCUCUCCGAGCAACAUGGGAUUGACACCUACCUACACUUCAUCCGCCGGCUCAUCGUGCACUCCCAGAGCAGAUUAUCGUCAUCGGCUCCCCCAUCUGCUUACGAUCCCUCCACUAUCCUAACGUUCCGUUUACUCGUACAAGAGACGCAACGCCUUGCACGCGACCCUUUCCUCGCCGACCGUUUCCGAGAUGGAAUUGAUAAGGGGGAAGGUGACGUCUUCCGCCACUUCGAUCUAGUAAGAUUUGCAGACCGAGUGGGCUUGCGACCGUUGGAACGGUUGGUUCUCGCGUCGUCAAUCGCGGUAGGUUCUACGCGAAAGGAGCUAGCGUCUCAAGCGGCCAACAUGAUCCACACGGAAUUUGAGAAUGCGGUUCUUGCGUUAUGUCAACACCCAUCGUUUGAUCAUGCGGAUCUGUCUCCCAACCAGGUCACGAAAUUGCUAUCGAACCUUCUCUCCGAGCCUCCACAUGAUGCUCCCAUCCUUGAUUCCACGCAACGACAGGCUCUCAUUGCUGCAGCGCAGGCGAAAUAUGGGUCAGAGAUUGUCUCGCCGAUCUUGCAACGUAUCUUGCCUAAUUUAAGCUUACCACCCGGCACAACUCUUGUGCAGGCUUUGGUUCAGCUAGGUGGAGACAUUACCAGCGAUCCUGACGUGGUCCGCGCACUGUUAACGCGGUUUGGUAUAUCGGAAGCCAGUCCACCCAGUGAUGCGCAAGUUGUUGAGAUUGUGUCAUCUCUUGCUCGACUGGCUUCAGAGGGUUCAGUUAUCUGCGAUGUAGGAUCCCUUGUCAGAGCAUUAAGCAGCCUCAAUGUCAACAUUAACUGGGCGAGCGCUAUCAAAGCAUUCGAUUGGCCUGAUCGCCAGGGCGUUGAUACUGCCACAUUGAAGCUGCUCAUUGCGAUUCUGUUGAAUUGUCCGCGUGACGCGGAGGUACAUGCAGUGACGGGCUUCUGGCAGACAUGGUCAAAUCCGCUGUACCAACUUCGACUACUAGAUGCGUUACUCUCGUUACCAGCAGACACGUUCAACUUUGUCUCGCUCCCUGGACACAGGAUCGUGACGGUUGAUGAUGUUGCAGCAGCUAGUCCCACCAUCAAGUCACUUGCAGCAAACGUUCAAGGACACACCUGGAAUUCUCUCGAUUUGUUCGAGGUCCUAGUAUCGUUAUCGGAUUCUGAUUCCCCGGAGGUCAGAAAUUUCGUGCGAGAAAUGCUCGACAAGGCGGUCAAGAUCAGCGCAGAGCUAGUGCACAUGGGGCUCCUUCAAGUACCGCAAACGACUUGGGGAGAAAUCCGCCUGGAGUACUCACAGAGGCUGCUGGCAAUGUUCCUAGCGGGGCAUCCAAAUCAUCAAUUAGUCUUCAUGCGUAUCUGGCAGAUCGAACCCACUUAUCUCACAAACGCUUUCCGAGACUUCUAUGAAGAGAGUCCGUUGAACAUUACGAGAAUCUUGGACGUUGCUCAAGAUCUCAAGAUCUUGGACUCACUUCUUGAAGUGCGCCCCUUCACAUUCGCGCUGGACGUCGCGGCUUUGGCGUCACGCAGAGAGUACCUGAAUCUGGACAAGUGGCUAGCAGACAAUGUCACCAAUCACGGCGCUGACUUCCUCCAUGCUGUCAUUGCAUUCUUGGACUUGAAAAUGGAGAGCGAGAAGGCCACUCGGAUUUCGGAUCCGGCCGUUGAACAUCGCACUAUGCCGCUUAAUCCUCAAACCAUCACGAUAUUCCUUCGUGUCCUGCGUAAUAGCUCGAAUAUUAUGCAUGAAAGCGAUGUGGAUUACUGCCUCGAGGUCCGAAAUGCCUGUCUGCAGAUCCAUCCCCGCUUGAUGAAUCUUGUACCCGGCUCUGACGCUGAACCGGGGUUCACGGUGGUGAAUUACACAACCGAGAUCGAGGCCGAGGUCGACAGCAUCUACAAGCAGAUGUAUGACGAGCAGAUUACCAUUGACGACGUCAUUGCCCUUCUUCAGCGCAACAAGGCUUCAUCAAAUCCCCGAGACCACGAGAUCUUCUCGUGUAUGCUGCACUUCCUCUUUGACGAAUACAAAUUUUUCCAAUCCUUCUAUCCUCCGCGCGAGUUGGCGAUGACUGGUUAUCUGUUUGGAUCUUUGAUUCAAUACCAGCUGGUCGACUAUAUACCCCUAGGCAUCGCAAUCCGUUAUGUCCUGGACGCACUGAAUUGUCCUCCCGACACGAACCUAUUCAAGUUCGGAAUCCAGGCUCUUUCGCGUUUCGAGUCCCGCCUCUCGGAAUGGCAGCCCUUGUGUCAGGCUUUGCUCAGAAUUCCGCACCUAUUGGAAGCGCAACCCGAACUGGCAGCGAGCAUCCAGCGUGCUAUCGCUAAUGCCGGGGAGGAUGUCAACAACACCGUCGAUCUUCGUACCUUGACGGCUACGAAUGUUCCGGAGCCUCUGGCCAUCUUCACAGCUAUUCAGCCUGAUCCUGUUGAAGGAGAGCCAGAGAGUCCUCCAGAAGAGAUUUCAGACAAGAUCCUGUUCAUUGUGAACAAUUUGGCGCCGUCCAACUUUGAAACGAAGCUGGUAGACAUGCAAGAGCAGUUUCAGGACGAAUAUUCAUGGUGGUUUGCGCAUUAUUUAGUGGAUCAACGUGUCACCACGGAGCCCAAUAAUCAGCAGCUGUACUUGCGUUUGUUGGAUGCCUUGGGCGUCCAGAAACUAUUCCGCUUGGUGCUUCAGGAGACCCUCAUCAAGUCCGCCUCCUUGUUGAACUCGGAGAAGACUAUGCUGUCCAGCGCAGAGCGGGCAAUUCUGAAGAAUAUGGCCUCAUGGCUUGGCACGAUCACUCUCGCGCGAGAUCAUCCUAUCAAGCAUCGGCAUUUGUCCUUCAAGGAUCUGCUCAUCGAGGGAUACGAUAACGGAAGGCUCAUAGUGGCGAUACCAUUUGUUUGCGAGACACUGAAGCCGUGCGCGCGCUCGAAGGUCUUUAAGCCCCCAAAUCCCUGGUUGAUGGCCGUCAUCAGUUUGCUGGCCGAGCUGUAUCAUUUCGCCGAGCUUAAGCUGAACCAGAAAUUCGAGAUCGAGAUGUUGUGCAAAGGUCUGGAUAUUGACCUUGACACGGUGCAGGCCACGACUGUCCUCCGGAAUCGUCCCCUGACAGAAGGGCCUCCCCUUCCUGAUUACGUCGUUGCCGAUAUCAACUCCAUUCCUAUCGGAGGUUAUAAUUCUUCCGCUCAGACGCAAGGGGACUCUCAGGUACUGCCGCCCUUAACACCUGGAAGUCCGUCCGAAACACACCGAGUGUUGGGUGCCCACAUCGAGAAUAUUUUGUGUAAUAUUCUUCCAUCGGUGAUCAUCGACCCACAGUUGGCGCCGUUACAUACGAAUCAGUUGUUCAAGCGUGCUGUCCAGAUGGCUAUUGAUCGAGCUGUGCGGGAGAUUAUUCUUCCAGUUGUUGAGCGUUCCGUCACAAUUGCAGGAAUCUCCACACGAGAGCUGGUCGCGAAAGACUUUGUGACAGAAGUCAACGAGGACAAGCUUCGCAAAGCUGGUCAUCUGAUGGCCCAAAAGCUUGCAGGAAGUCUCGCUUUAGUGACCUGUAAGGAGCCGCUGAAGAGCAAUCUUGGUGGUCACAUCCGCCAUUUCCUAGCCGAUUUUGGAUUUAGCGAUCAAAUGAUCUCGGAGCAAGUUAUCUUUCUGAUCGUCCAAGACAACCUUGAUCUGGCAUGUCAAGCGAUAGAAAAGGCUGCUAUGGACAGCGCUAUCAUUGACGUCGAUGACGGAUUUGCUGCUGCCUAUGAGUCUCGCCGCCGUCACCGCGAGCAACGUCCUGGCCAGCCGUUCUGGGAUCGUUCCAUACCGCAGACGUCCUUCGUGGGAACUCUUCCGGAACCACUGCGCAUCAGACCAAGUGGUGUUCAGCCUGUCCAAGCUGUUGUAUAUGAAGAUUUCGGCAACCUUGAUGGGCUGAUUUCUCAAAGCGUCGUGCAAGAGUCUUCGUUGUUGGAUGUCAGGCGUCGUGGAUUCAUAAGCCGUCCGAGUUCAACCGUAUCGUUUCCUCCCAAUGACCAUAUGGGUUCAUCUGUGUAUGCUUCUUCGCCAGUGCUGGACCAGCAUGCUCCCGGUCAGGCAUUCCUACGUCAUCAAGAAGCCAUGGACCGUUUCAACGCUAUGGUCAAAGACUUAGAAGCAUUAUUGCUCCAACUUCCCAUCCAAUCGCUGGCAGCACUCCCCUCCGGCCACGAUGUUCGCCACCUUGUUCGGCAGAUCCUCCUCCUUGCUGCUGAUUCCAUUGAACGCCACCGCACACCUCUCCUCAUGUCGCAAAAGAUCGUACAGUUACUGUACAAAACCCCGUCCCAGCUUGGUCGAGAGAUCUACGUCGCUCUACUGCAUCAACUCUGUCAUUCGUUCGAAGAUGUGGCCAAAGAAGCGGUAACUUGGCUGAUAUAUGCUGAAGAUGAGCGUAAAUUCAAUGUACCCGUGACGGUCACGUUGUUGAAGAGCGGGCUCAUCAAUCUCCCUCAGGAAGACCAGCAGCUCGCCAAGUUCCUAUACACUGAUCCUCGACCCAGCCUUCUCACUUUCGCUGCGGACUUGAUACGAGAAUGCCUGUCAAGUGACCCACCGAUAGCAUCGCAAAGUCAAUUUGUCUACACACUGGAAAUACUCGGUCAGUUGGCUCAAUCUGGGAAAGUCAAUGAGGAGGUGCAUCGACUAUUGGACGAUCUCCGCGGUGUACGGCGACCUUCCGUUACUGAAGGUCAAGUUGUGCGCCAGGCGUCUGUGAAACCAGAGACCGAGCAGCUGAGGGAAAAGCUGUUCAUCUGGUUUCAGCAAUGGGUCAAUAUCUUCCAAAGGUCGCAUUCCCCAGAGAAGUCAUUCGUACCCUUCAUCACUCAGUUGACGAAGCAAGGCAUCUUGAAAGUCGAAGAUGUGUCGUCGUUCUUUUUCCGUGUAUGCGCGGAGUCUAGUGUCAACAGCUACAUCAAGUGCAUGAAUUCCGGGGAAUUCGCGUACUCUUUCCAAGCAUUGGAUGCCAUGUCCAGACUGAUCGUCUACAUUAUCAAAUACCACGGCGAUGCAUCUGGUGUAAACAAUGAUCAAGCCAAGGUUCACUACCUGACGAAGAUACUUUCUAUCUUCGUCCUUGUUUUGUCCAAUAUGCACGAGGAGCAAGGAGCUCUGUUUCAGCAGAAGCCUUUCUUCCGGUUUUUCUGUAGCUUGCUGAAUGAUUUGCAUUCUCUCGAAGCUAGUCUGGGUUCAGCCUAUUUCCAGCUAUUGUUGGCUAUUAGUGAUACGUUCAGCUCCCUUCAGCCAACGUACUUCCCUGGAUUCGCUUUCUCCUGGAUGAGUCUGAUCUCCCAUCGCCUGUUUAUGCCGAAACUGCUACUAUCAGAGAAUCGGGAGGGCUGGUCUGCGUUCCACAAGCUUUUGCUUUCAUUGUUCAAGUUCUUAUCUCCGUUCCUGAAAGCAGCAGAUCUUGAACCGGCUUCACGGGAUCUGUAUCGCGGAUCCCUUCGUCUCCUUCUCGUUCUCCUUCACGACUUCCCUGAAUUUCUUAGCGAAUAUUACUUUACCCUCUGCGAUGUGAUACCUCCUCGUUGCAUUCAGCUCCGCAAUGUCAUCCUUAGCGCAUUUCCCCCGUCGAUCAUCCUUCCAGACCCACACCUUCGGAAUAUGGACUUCGACUCUAUUCCCGAGAUGGGACCGAUCCCACCUAUUCUCUCCGACUUCGCUUCUAGCUUGAAGACGGAUGACCUUCGAGGAUACUUGGACCAAUAUUUGCUCAAUCGUGGCUCUCCCACCUUCCUCCCUUCGUUGAAGGAUCGCCUACGUUUGACAGGUGUCUCAGAAGGCUCCCCUGAAACCUACAAUCUAUCCUUGAUGAAUUCUCUGGUCAUGUACAUCGGAGUUUCCUCCGUUGCACAGGCGAAGGCGAGGAGCGGAAGCUCCCUGUUUGUCUCCAGUGAUCCGGGUGUAGUUGCACUGCAUUACCUCGCUACAAAUCUGGAUGUCGAAGGCCAACAUCAUCUCCUGAGCGCUAUGGUAUUGCAUUUACGCUAUCCAAAUGCACAUACACACUGGUUUAGCUCUUUGAUACUCCAUCUCUUUACGGAAAUCAAAGUUGACCAGUUCAGGGAGGUGAUGACGAAAGUUCUUUUGGAGCGAUUUCUCGUGCAUCGGCCUCAUCCUUGGGGUGCCUUAGUCACAUUCAUUGAGCUGCUUCGCAACCCGAAGUACGACUUUGGAAGUCAGGAUUUCAUCCGUGUUGUACCAGAGGUCACUCUUCUUCUCGAAACGGUUGCACGAUCCAUCUUCCAGUCGUAG